CGCAACAUUCGGAACUUCUCGGACAAUCUACAUAUUCGGAGACAAACACAUGGCAGCCAGCUGAUGGAGUGCUUGUUUUAGUCGACUCAUUGGAUAGGAAAAUGGACUUCUCUACAGAAGACUGGGCGGUGACCAAGGCUGCUAAUGACCUCAGCUCCAGUUUAUUUGUCGUAGGGGCACCAAAGUCUAGGAAACAAACACAUCAAAAGAAAGCUGGGAAGGAAUUUGACAACGGAAAAGGAAAAGUGUCAAAAUCUGUUGGCUCCCGACAGAUGUCAAAGGGCAAGAAAAGUGUAUCAGAGACAGAGGGGAAAGUAAACUUAAAGAAAUCUAAGGGAAAUGUGGAGCAUGACAAGGAAGGUGGCAGGCAGGGCAGGCAGGACAGGCAGGGAAGGCAGGGCAGGCAGGGCAGGCAGGACGAGGAAGGUGGCAGACAGGACAAGACUGUUGGGAUUUCUGAGGACAAAAUGACUGACAACAGUAUCAUACAGUGUAGGGACAUAAAAGGCAGCAAACGGAAAGCACAGACUGAUCAUACUCCAAAUAAAAAACCAAAACAUAUUCAACAUAUAUCACCAACGGAUUCUGUUAAUGACGAAAGUGAAGGCAAGAAAAAGAAAAGGAGAAGAAAGAAAAAGAAAAAUUCUAAUAAAAGGAAUAAAUACAAGCAUUUAUCAGUGAAGAAGAGUGAAGAGAGUGUGGAUGAUGAGGUAUUAAAUGUAAAGUCUGAAGAUGAUAGGUUCGUAGACGAGACGGCCAUUGUCCAGGAAUUGACCAACUCGUCAGGUGACCCUCCUCACAGCAACAGUUACAUGUCAUCGAGGAGUGAAAACACAGAGAAAAGAGAAAAAAAGUACGAUGGGAGAUUAAAUAAAAAUAAGAAAAGUGAGAAAAUAUUGAGGGAUGAAAACAGUUGUGGACAUCCUGGUGUGAAAUGUAAACAGGGACAGGAACAAACAAAAUUCAAUGUUAAAGUGUUAAACAAAAUAUUAUCUAGUUCACCAGUAGCCUCCUUAAAUACCCCAGUACAGGGAGAAUCACCAAAGGAAGGGGGGACAACUCUCAAACAACGCAUGAUGGACAAACUAAAGUCUGCUAGGUUCCGCUUCCUCAACGAGCAGUUGUACAACCAAACAGGAAGUGAAUCGUACUCGAUGUUCAGGGAGGAUGGCGAGGCAUUCGAGGUUUACCACCAAGGGUUCCAGUCACAGGUAGCCAAGUGGCCAGUCAACCCCGUCAACACCAUCAUUGGACAGCUACAGGCCAGACCUCGGAACUUAGUGAUAGCGGACUUCGGAUGUGGUGAUGCUAUAAUAGCCCGCACUCUACCUAACAAAGUGUACUCGUUUGACCUGGUAGCUGUCAACAAGUAUGUCACGGCCUGUGACAUGGCUAAGGUGCCACUCAAGAAGGAGAGCGUGGAUGUAGCUGUAUUCUGUUUGUCAUUGAUGGGAAAAAAUCUUCCUGAUUAUCUGAGGGAGGCUAGCAGAGUUCUUAAACCAGGGGGCUCUUUGAAAGUAGCUGAGGUAACAAGUCGUAUCAGAAGUUUGCCUAACUUCAAAAAGACCAUGGAAAGGUUUGGCUUUCGUCUACUAAAUGAGGAUACAACCAACAAGAUGUUCUGUCUGUUUGAUUUCAAAAAGUGCAAGCCUCCAAAAAAUACACCUGAUGAAUUUCACCUGGAGCCCUGUCUCUACAAACGAAGAUAGAUCCCACAUCAAUAAAAUAUUCUUUUAUAUAUAAAA